AUGCUUAUCUCACAUCCCAGAAUAAUGGUAAGACCUUGGAUAACGUGCGCUGAACUGUUCUGCUGCGCAGCAGCGCUGUUAUUUCCAAAAGUGUUUUGUAGCUUACUCUUGACGUGGAGUCACUAUGUGUUUCUUACUAAUGCAGUGUACGACAAUAUGAUAGUUUAUCAGCAACGAGAGGUGCUAGGAUAUUUCCUUGCCGGGAUAGGGUGUGUGCUAUAUGGCUUGUGCAUGUACACGUAUUUCAAGGUGGUGUUGGUUGGACCUGGGAGCCCGUUGGACUUCGAAGAAUUGAAGAUCAAAGAUAUGGACAGAUUGGCUACGAGGUAUACGGAAAACCCGUACAGACAGGAAAGUGCAGAAGAAGAAGAAGAAGAAGAAGAAGAAGAAGAAGAUAAUACUAAUAAUGGAGAUGGUGCAGAAAACCAAGGAACAGAACAGGUAGCGCGUAGGGAACCCGAACAACCGCCCUUCGACUAUGUUCGAAUGUAUACAGUGAAACAGAAGAAGUCUGCUCCAGUUGCAUUCAGAUAUUGCCUUAAAUGUAGUUGUUGGAAACCCGAUAGAUGUCACCACUGUUCAUCGUGCCAGCGAUGUAUACUCAGAAUGGACCACCAUUGCCCAUGGUUCGCCACAUGCAUUGGAUUUCACAAUCAGAAAUUCUUCCUCCAGUUUUUGAUAUAUCUAAGCGUUUACUGUGGGAUAGUUUUCGUAUGUACAUUGUGCUUGUUGUGGAGGUUUUUCACUGAUGAAAAGUACAGCGAAGGCGAAUUUUUGUCGUUGACACUUGUGUUUUUAUUCGUGAUAAGCUUGUCGUUCUUCUUUGCAGUAGGAGUGUUCACAGUGUUCUCCGGCUGGUUGGUGCUAAUCAAUAAGACGACCAUUGAAGUGCAGGAGGAUAAGUGGCACAAGCUGAGGAACCAGUAUGAGUUCGACACAAGAAACAGAGAGAACUCUGCCAAUGCUAAUACAAACAUAUUCAAUAUUGGCCACAGGAAGAACUUGGAGUCGAUUUUGGGAACAAGCUACUGGACUUGGAUAUUGCCCAUUGGAAUAACAAACAAGGUAAUAACCGAUGAGUUCAACAAUGGGAUUAACUUUGAAAUCGACCAAGGUGCCUACGACCAGUGGUGCUACGAUUCUCAAUUGCAGGACCAAUUGAACCAGCAGGUGGAAGAUUACGUCAGGAGAACGAGGCGAGAGGUGAACGAAAGUGUAUAG